AUGACGAGUAACACUGAAGAAAUUGAUAAUACAGCUAUAAUUGAAACAAACACCGAUUCUAGUUCAUGUAAACUGUAUGCUGUUGAUCGUGAAUAUUGGGUUGAUCCAUAUAUGAAGUAUUUUACAAUGAAACAUGAACGUAAAACACCUGAAAUCAAUAUUGGCUAUUAUAUUCGUGUAACGGCGAUUCGUAAAUUUAUAGAAAAAUUCAUCUGA